UCUCGGAGGAUGUCGGUCUGCUAUCGUCCGCCGGGGAAUGAGACGCUGCUGAGUUGGAAGGCCUCGCGGGCCACCGGCACCGCCUUCCUGCUGCUGGCGGCCUUGCUGGGACUGCCGGGCAACGGCUUCGUAGUGUGGAGCUUGGCGGGCUGGCGGCCCACCGCGGGGCGGCCGCUGGCGGCCACACUUGUGCUGCACCUGGCGCUGGCCGACGGCGCGGUGCUUCUGCUCACCCCGCUCUUUGUGGCUUUCCUGAGCGGGCGGGCCUGGCCCCUGGGCCAGGUGGGCUGCAAGGCGGUGUACUACGUGUGCGCGCUCAGCAUGUACGCCAGCGUGCUGCUCACCGGACUGCUCAGCCUGCAGCGCUGCCUAGCUGUCACUCGGCCCUUCCUGGCUCCCCGACUGCGCAGCCCGGCCCUGGCCCGUCGCUUGCUGCUGGGGGUCUGGCUGGCCGCUCUGGUGCUCGCCGUCCCGGCCGCCGUCUACCGUCACCUUUGGGGCGAUGGCGUGUGUCAACUGUGCCACCCAUCGGCGGUGCACGCCGCUGCUCAUCUGAGCCUGGAGACCCUGACUGCCUUCGUCCUGCCUUUUGGGACAGUCCUCAGCUGCUACGGCGUGACGCUGGCGCGGUUGCGGGGCGCGCGCUGGGGCUCGGGGCGACACGGCACGCGGGUGGGUCGUCUGGUGAGCGCCAUCGUGCUGGCCUUCGGCUUGCUCUGGGCCCCCUACCACGCGGUCAAUCUCUUGCAGGCGGUGGCUGCGCUCGCUCCGCCCGAAGGGCCCCUGGCCAGGCUUGGCGGGGCGGGCCAGGCGGCGCGCGCUGGUACUACUGCCUUGGCUUUCUUCAGUUCCAGCGUCAACCCGGUGCUCUACGUCUUCACUGCGGGGGAUCUGCUGCCCCGGGCGGGGCCCCGGUUCCUUACUCGGCUCUUCGAGGGCUCUUGGGAGGCUCGAGGGGCCAGCCGCUCCAGGGAGGGUACCAUGGAGCUCCGAACUACACCUAGGCUCAAAGUAGUGGGGCAGGGCAGGGGCAAUGGAGAUCCUGGAGGCGGGGAUAGAAUGGAGAAGGACAGUCAGGAAUGGUAGCCAGAACCUCAAAUCUUGGGGCUCCCCUACCACUUGCUAUGGUUCCUGGAACUCAAGGGUACUUGGGGACCCUUCUAUGAUUGCAGUUUUGGUUUGGUUGGGCAGGAUUACUCAAUAGGCCCAGAUUACUCCAAGACGUGGGAUUGUGAAGGUGACUGUGGCCUAUGUUCUUAUUCGGUGCUUACAAUACGGCCUGGAUCCAU